AUGUCCCGUGUCAAGUUCCAGGAACGGGGACAUGAGACAAGUCCUACCUCACCACUCCUCCUCUUUUAUCUAAACCCUUCCUUGGUUAGGUAUUGCUAUUGUAUCUCGCGGUCUCAGAACAUGCAGUCAGCACCGUCCUGGCGCGAGAAGGGAACUAAGCAGCUGGCAAUCUACUACGUGAGUAAAGCCCUCCUGGACGCGGAAACCCGCUAUAGCCAUCUUGAGAAAUUGGCCCUAGCCCUAAUGGUCGCCGCUCGAAAGUUUCAGCCUUAUUUUCAAGCUCACCCAAUUGUGGUCAUUACCUCCUUCUCGAUAAAGCUGGUCCUUCACAAGCUUGAGGUUUCCGGAGGACUGGCAAAAUGGGCAGUCGAACUUGGGGAAUACGACGUGAUCUUCAGGCCAGCCACGGGGAUUAAUUCCCAAGUCCUAGCAGAUUUUGUAGCCGAAUUCUCUCCAACUCUGCUCCUGGCUCUCGAACAGGAGAUACAUCUCAGGAACGGGGUAGAAGAAGAAGGAGAAUGGACCUUGCAUGUAGACGGCUCCAGUAACGUUCGAGGGGCAGGAGUACGGAUCGUGCUCAUGUCUCCAACAGGGAACACGGCCUCGAGAGCCGUAAGAUGUAACUUCAAAGCAACGAAUAACGAGAGCGAGUAUGAGGCCUUGAUCGCUGGAUUAUCGCUCGCCCACCAGCUGGGUGCAGAAAAUAUCCAAGUUUACAGUGACUCCCAACUAAUUAUCAAUCAAGCACAAGGAGGAUACCAGGCUAAAGACGAUAGCAUGAUCCGGUAUCUGGCAGUCGCGCAGCGUCUCAUCAAGAAGUUCAAAAGCUGCAAAUUCACUCAGAUUCCCAGAGAACAGAAUUCUCAAGCCGACACUUUGGCUAACCUAGGGUCCGCCAUUGAGACGCACACCCAGAUGAGUAUCCCUUUGCUGGUACUCCAAUGGCCGGCCACCCUAGUAGAGCCAUCGAACGAGGAGGUCUCCGCCAUUGAAGAGGAAGAAACAUGGAUGGCUCCCUUAGUCCGAUAUCUAGAGGAUGACAUACUCCCAGAAGACCGCAAUGAGAGCAGGAAAAUUAAGAAGAAAGCUGCUAGAUACUGGCUCUCUCAGGGAAAGCUAUACCGCAGGUCAUUCUAUGGCCCAUACCUGAGAUGCGUCACACCCCGUGAAGCAGCUAGGAUCCUGGUGGAACUACACGAGGGAGAUUGUGGGUCUCACUCCAGCAGAAGAAGCCUAGUAUUGAAAGCUAAAAGAGCGGGAUACUACUGGCCCACGAUGGCCGAGGACUCCAAUCAAAAGGCUAGACUCUGCGACAAAUGCCAAAGACACGCUCCAGUUUCUAAAAUACCUCCAGAGAAUCUCAAGUCCAUAACCUCACCCUGGCCUUUCAGGAAAUGGGGCAUGGACAUAGUGGGGAAAUUUCCCAUGGCGCCGGGGCAGAAGGUUUUUCAAAGUGGGUUGAGGCAGAAGCACUCAGCAAGAUUACCGACCUCCAAAUCACAAAAUUCAUAUGGACUCACGUGA